UCGCUCCUCGCCUGGCUCCCCCGGCCCAGGCGAGGGGCGAGGAGCCCACCCGCCUGCCGCCGCCUCCCCGCUCCGGACUGCCAACAUGCCGGCCACCCCCAGACCAGCUCUGCUGCUGCUGCUGCUGCUGCACGUCCCGCAGGCUGCAAGAGCCCAGGUCAACCCUGCGGUGUGUCGGUACCCCUUGGGAAUGUCGGGCGGGCACAUCCCUGACGAGGACAUCUCAGCCUCUAGCCAGUGGUCCGACUCCACAGCUGCCAAGUACGGCCGGCUGGACUCGGAGGAUGGUGAUGGAGCCUGGUGUCCUGAGACUGCAGUGGAGCCAAAUGACCUGAAGGAGUUUCUGCAGAUUGACCUGCACGCCCUGCACUUCAUCACACUGGUGGGCACCCAGGGGCGCCACGCCGAGGGCCAUGGCAAUGAGUUUGCCCCCAUGUAUAAGAUCAACUACAGUCGAGAUGGCACCCGCUGGAUCUCUUGGAGGAACCGGCAUGGGAAGCAGGUGCUGGAUGGAAACACCAACCCCUAUGACAUUGUCCUCAAGGACCUGGAGCCGCCCCUCAUUGCCCGCUUUGUCCGAUUCAUCCCCGUCACUGACCACUCCAUGAGCGUCUGCCUGCGGGUGGAGCUGUACGGCUGCGUCUGGCUGGAUGGGCUGGUGUCCUACAACGCACCAGCCGGGCAGCAGCUCAUCCUUCCCGGGGGCACUGUCAUCUACCUGAAUGACUCGGUGUACGAUGGGGCGUUCGGGUACAGCAUGACAGAGGGCCUGGGCCAGCUGACGGACGGGGUGUCGGGGCUGGACGACUUCACGCAGACCCACGAGUACCAUGUCUGGCCGGGCUAUGACUACGUGGGCUGGCGCAACGAGAGCACCACUGGUGGCUACGUGGAGAUCACCUUCGAGUUUGACCGCAUCAGGAACUUCACUGCCAUGAAGGUCCACUGCAACAACAUGUUCGCCAAAGGGGUGAAGAUCUUCAAGGAGGUGCAGUGCUACUUCCGCGCCGAUGCCAGCGAGUGGGAGCCCAGCACCAUCUCCUCGGUCCUGGUUGUGGAUGACGUGAACCCCAGCGCCCGCUUUGUCACCGUGCCCCUGCUCCACCGCAUGGCCAGUGCCAUCAAGUGCCAGUACUACUUCGCUGACACCUGGAUGAUGUUCAGUGAGAUCACCUUCCAGUCAGAUGCAGCCAUGUACAACAACUCAGUGCCCCCUGCUGAGGCACCCGUGGUCCCCACCACUUAUGACCCCACGCUCAAGGUAGAUGACAGCAACACGCGCAUCCUGAUCGGGUGCCUCGUGGCGAUCAUCUUCAUCCUGGUGGCCAUCAUUGUCAUCAUCCUGUGGCGGCAGUUCUGGCAGAAGAUGCUGGAGAAGGCAUCAAGGAGGAUGCUGGAUGACGAAAUGACCGUCAGCCUCUCCCUGCCCAGCGAAUCCAGCAUGUUCAACCACAACCGCUCCUCCUCCUCCAGCGAGCAGGAGUCCAGCUCCACCUACGACCGCAUAUUCCCCCUGGGACCUGAUUACCAGGAGCCCUCCCGCCUGAUCCGCAAGCUGCCCGAGUUCACCUCUGGGGAGGAGGACACAGGCUGCAGUGGCCCUGUGAAGCCGUCCCAGGCCAGCGUCCCAGAGGGUGUCCCGCACUAUGCUGAGGCCGACAUCGUGAACCUGCAGGGCGUGACGGGCAGCAACACCUACUCAGUGCCAGCCCUCACCAUGGACCUGCUCUCCGGCAAGGAUGUGGCCGUCGAGGAGUUCCCCAGGAAGCUCCUGACCUUCAAGGAGAAGCUGGGGGAAGGCCAGUUUGGGGAGGUUCAUCUCUGUGAGGUGGAGGGGAUGGAGAAGUUCACAGGGAAGGACUUUGCCCUGGAGGGCUUGGAUGGCAGCUCUGACCGCCCUGUGCUGGUGGCUGUGAAGAUGCUGCGAGCAGACGCCAAUAAGAAUGCCAGGAAUGAUUUUCUGAAGGAAAUCAAGAUCAUGUCGCGGCUGAAGGACCCAAACAUCAUCCGGUUGCUGGCAGUGUGCAUCACAGAUGACCCGCUGUGCAUGAUCACUGAGUACAUGGAGAAUGGAGACCUCAACCAGUUCCUGUCCCGCCAGCAGGCAGGCGGCCCCCCCGCUGGCCACGCGCCCACCGUCAGUGACCUGCGUUUCAUGGCCACCCAAAUAGCCUCCGGCAUGAGGUACCUCUCCUCCCUCAACUUCGUGCACCGAGACCUGGCCACACGCAACUGCCUGGUGGGGAAGCAGUACACCAUCAAGAUUGCCGACUUUGGCAUGAGCAGGAAUCUCUACAGCGGGGACUACUACCGCAUCCAGGGGCGGGCGGUGCUCCCCAUCCGCUGGAUGUCCUGGGAGAGCAUCCUGCUGGGCAAGUUCACAACAGCCAGUGAUGUGUGGGCAUUUGGUGUGACACUGUGGGAGACCUUCACACUCUGCCGGGAACAGCCCUAUUCCCAGAUGUCUGACGAGCAGGUCAUUGAAAACACCGGCGAGUUUUUCCGGGACCAGGGCCGGCAGACCUACCUUCCCCAGCCUGCACUGUGCCCUGACAGAGUCUAUAAGCUAAUGCUCAGCUGCUGGAGACGGGACACCAAGGAUCGUCCCUCCUUCCAGGACAUCCAUCGCCUUCUCCAAGAGUCAGCCAGUGAAGAAUGA